AUGCAUCACCAUGACUGCCCCUGCCCGCCGGCGCACCACUGCCACACCGACGACGUCUCGCCGCACCACUCCCACACCGACGACGUCGUCGCGCCGCACCACUGCCACACCGACGAUGUCGCGCCGCCAAUGUUCUUCGGCCCCGCGACGAUGUUCUCUUGGCCGACUGCCACCACAACCAGCAGCAGCAGCAGGUCCUACAGUGACAACGCCAGACACGAUGUGCGCGUCGAUGUGCUGCCGCCCUCGACGACGGACGCCCCGUCCUGCGAGGACACCCCGUGCGGCAAGUGCGCGUUGGGUAUUCUCGGCUGGCUCUUCUGGAGCAUCAUCAUCGCGUUGAUCAUCUACGCCAUUAGAAAAUAA